UGGAUGUACGGGAACAUCUUGGACAACACAUGGAAUGGAACCGGCUUAAUUGCGAAGCGAGAGGGGGAGAGCAGCUCCCUGCGGUGCUGAGGUUCUGCUGCGGCUCCUGAAUGCCCAAAAGCCGAGUCAAGAUUCGGACACAACUCGCGGGAUGUCGCUGGCCAAAAUGCAAGGUCUCAGCUCCAAGGCGCACGCCUUUUCCGUCGAAGCGCUGGUGGGGAGACCCUGCAAGAGGAUGAAAAUGUCAGACGCUGACGCUGACGCGAGCAUCUUUGCCGGAUCAGCAGCGUGUCCGCUCGCCCAGACGAAGCAGGUGGAUUUACAGGUCACGGAGGCCGAGGCGGCCGGGUUACCGAGCAAGCCCAAAGAAAGCGAGUGCAGUCCGGAUAGAGAGGUCCGGGUCGAGCUGCAGGGCUCGGAGCUCUGGAAGAGAUUCUUUGAGAUCGGCACGGAAAUGAUCAUCACCAAAGCUGGAAGGAGAAUGUUCCCAUCCGUUCGUGUCAAAGUGCGGAAUCUGGACCCAUGCCAGCAGUAUUACAUCGCAAUGGACGUCAUGCCCGUAGACUCUAAACGUUAUAGGUACGUUUACCACAGCUCGCAGUGGAUGGUGGCAGGAAACACAGACCACUCGUGCAUUUCACCGCGGCUCUACGUGCACGCAGACUCGCCGUGCGCCGGAGAGACGUGGAUGCGUCAGGUGAUCAGCUUUGACCGAGUUAAACUCACCAACAACGAGAUGGACGACAAGGGGCAUAUAAUUCUACAGUCUAUGCAUAAGUACAAGCCACGCGUGCACAUCAUCCAGCAUGACCCAAGGAUGGACUUGUCCCAGAUCCAGUCGCUGCCUGCUGAGGGAGUGUUCAGCUUCUCCUUCCCAGAAACCGAGUUCACCACCGUCACAGCCUAUCAGAAUCAACAGAUCACCAAAUUGAAGAUUGACAGGAACCCGUUUGCCAAGGGCUUCAGGGAUCCAGGAAGGAAUAGGGGAGUGUUGGAUGGUUUACUGGAGUCUUAUCCUUGGAGAAGCCCUCUCAGCAUGGAGUUCAAGCCAUUUGCCAUACAGCUUCAAGGCAGCCUGGGGUCCCCAACCAGCGCCGCUUCCCCACUGAAGAGUUUCUUUCCCCUCUCAUCGUCAUCAUCCCUUCUUUCAUUCUCAACGCUCUCCUGCCAGGACGCCGCUCUUCAAACUCUAGCGCUUCCUUUCUACGGAAAAGCUUCGACCAACUCCGCAUUGCCCAGCAGAGCCUUUUCCUCCCUGGGAGCAGACAGACUCAGAGGCCUGCCAGUGUCCCCACUAACAGACCCCCCGCUCUUCUCUAUGCUGCAGGGAAAAAAACGGGAUCCGGGUCUUUCUCGAUCGAGCCCUCCCUGCUUGAUCCCCCUCCCCGGCCCGCUCAGCCCUCAAGGAUCCGCUUCCUCUUUACUGCCUCAUCUAUCAGAAAGUGCUGGCCCAUAUUGUCUUUACCGCUAUAGCUUCCCCUUGAACCCUCAACUCACAACUAUUUCCCGACACAGCAAACUAGCUGAAGACAACACAGAGGCCCUACUGCGGCAACCUUCAUGGCAUCUGGCCACCAACCACCGUCUCUGACCGUCUCCAGCCCAAAUGACAGUAACAAGCCAAAGCAAAGGGUGCUGCUGCUCUCUGGGAAACACCCAUUAGAGGCAGUCAAGAGAGAGCUGUCACCGAAGGGAUUGUUUGUAUUUAAAAACUAUUUUGAGCACUGUGUCCGUGGUGCAAAUUGCCAAAGGAAAAAAAAAAUCAGAUCCGAAAGAAGUCUGCACUCAAAACCAAAACCUUCCAUUGGGCCAAUGUAAAUGUGUAACCAAAAAAAGCAUCUGACCUGUGGAGUAUAGUCUAUGUUAAACUAACUGAUAAAUACUGCAUGAACAAUUAUACCAGCAUUCCAAAAUAUAGAUUUGAAGGGAAGUCACUUUUACAAUAAUUCAGUUGGAUUAUACACUGGGGAACACAGUUUUUAUUGAGUUAGGUCGGACAGCUGUUUUUAACUAAUUUUUGG